AUGGCAACGAAACAGCGACAGGGGUUAGCCACGGGGUGGAAAUGGCGCCUGGCAAAUUCGAAUGGCCUAUCGAAAGCAGACGACCUCCCAGACCUCCGUUCCUGGGCUCCGGUUACAGCUUUCCCAUCGGUCAUCCAAAUGGAACUUCUAGCAAAGAAGAUCAUUCCGGACCCGAAGAUUGGUGAAAAUGAGCGUCAAAUCCAGUGGGUUGGUGGGAUGGACUGGGAGUAUUCAUGCUCUUUCCCAACGCCAAAGGGCCUAGACAGCUCCAGCAUUGCGGAUUUGGUGUUUGAGGGACUGGACACAUUCGCAACUGUCUCUCUGAACGGUAAAGAGAUCCUCAAAUCUGACAACAUGUUUAUUCCGCAUCGAGUGGAUGUGACGAGUCAGCUGCGGCCCGAGGGGCAUGACAAUGAGCUUUUGAUACUCUUUGAGAGUGCUUUGAAGAAAGGAAGUGAAUUGGAGGAGAAGUUUGGUCCUCGAAAGCAAGUGAUUCGAGACAAAAGGCGGAGCCACAUUCGGAAAGCACAGUAUCAUUGGGGCUGGGACUGGGGUCCCGUAUUGGUGACGGCUGGACCAUAUAUGCCGAUCCAUCUGGAGACCUACUCCGCGAGGCUCGAAGAUGUCUACAUGACGACGGCUCUAGCAGAGGACCACUCAACUUCCACGGUUACGAUUGCUGUGCAAGCAGCAGGAUCGCCUGCCAAGGUCGCCAAAGUCAGCAUUCUCGAUCAAGCUCUUUCAUUGGUUUCCAAGGAGCUUGACAUCACUUUGGACGAGUCAAAAAAGGGUUCCACUACAGUCACCAUUCCGGAGCCCAAGCUGUGGUGGCCUCAUGGCCAAGGUGCACAGCAUUUAUACAAUGUUUCGGUGUCUCUUCUAGAUGAAUCCCUCAGCCAACUCGAUGCAAAAAGCAUUCGAUAUGGCAUCCGGACUAUCAAAGUAAUUCAACGCCCUCUCGACAAUGCUCCAGGCACGACAUUCCUCUUCAACGUCAAUGGCCGUGAUAUUUUCUCUCAAGGAGGCAAUUGGAUACCUGGGGAUAGUCUAUUGCCUACGAUGACACGUGAGAGAUACUUUGACUGGGUCCGGCUCUCCAAAUACCAUCAUUUGAACAUGAUUCGGGUUUGGGGAGGCGGCAUUUACGAGACAGAAGACUUCUUCGACGCCUGCGACGAAAUGGGGAUGCUAGUCUGGCACGAUUAUGCAUUUGCGUGUGGCGACUAUCCCGUACACAAGGAAUACCUGGACAGCGUCAAAGCCGAGGCCGAAGCUCAGACUAUUCGGAUGCGCAACCGCGCCUCGCUAGCCCUCCUGUGUGGCGACAACGAAGAUUUCGGACUCCAGGACUUUUUUGGGGAGCCGUACGAUUUCAAAGACCAUGUCGGACCCUUUGAAAAUACCUCUUUCCCGGCACGGAAGAUCUUCCUCGACCUUCUCCCCAAGCUCUGCGAGAGUCUAUGCCCUUCGAUCCAGUACUGGCCGUCAUCGCCUUGGGGUGCGGAGGGUGCAAAUGCCAGUGAUACCAACUUUGGCGAUCUUCACCAGUGGGCUGUGUGGCACGGGCCACAGCACGCUUACCAGAAAUAUGGAGAACUUUCUGGACGGUUUGUCUCCGAAUUUGGCAUGCACGGUUUUCCGAUCAUGCGGACAGUUGAUGUUUUCGCACCUGAGCCGAAGGAUCGUUAUCCCCAGUCUCGCGUCAUCGACUGCCACAACAAAGGCCACGGCGCGGAGACACGUAUCGCUCGAUACUUGUCGGAGAACUUCCGGUACGAUAUGAAGCUCGAGAAUUUCGCAUACUGCUCGCAACUCUUGCAGAGCGAGGCAUACGGCUAUGCGUUGCGCGACUGGAAGCGCAAGUUUGGGGGCAAAGGUAAAGAGGAGUGUGCAGGUGCAAUUAUCUGGCAGCUGAACGAUGUCUACCCGGUUACGAGCUGGGCAUACAUUGACUAUUAUCUCCGUCCGAAACCUGCCUUUUACACAAUUCGACGAAACUUUGCCCCCAUCAGCGUCGGCAUUGAGCGAACACCUCGUUCUCGCUGGAUAGACGAGGACAAGCCAAAGGAUUCAUACAUUCCCAAUUUCGCCCUCUUCGCACAUAACAUAACACCAAAAGAAGUCAAGUGCACCCUAGAACUCAGAGCAUACGAUCUUCAUACUGGAAAGGAUGCUAAAUUGGACUGGACGGCAGUGAGCUCGGACGUGACCUUGUCAGCGGGUCACAAUACCGAGCUUGGGAGUCUCAAGCCACAUGCGUCGUGGACCGAGGAAAGUCUGAUCAUUCUGGACGCGAGUCUCAUCGAGCCAGGGAGCAAAAAGGUGCUCGCAAGAUUCACUGACUGGCCUGAGCCGUACCGAUACCUGCAAUGGCCCCUCGACACGAAGGUGACGGUGUCAGUUGAAAGUACAGAGAGUGGCCAUACCAAUACCGGCUUCUACGAUGCUCCCUUCGAGGAUGUGGUAACAGUUACUGCUAAUCAGCCCAUCAAGGGCUGUUGGCUUGAGCCCGUUUACGACGGAAACGAAAAGGAGGACGAGCCCGAGCCACUGUGGGAGGACAACAUGUUCGAUCUUCUGCCAGGGCAAGAGGUCAAGGUGGCAGUAAAGGGGCUCCGAGGAAGAAAGGUGAACGUGAGAUUCCUGGCAGAUUGGGAGGUUGGGCCUGCGAAAUCACACCUCUGA